UCCUGCACUAUGCCUCCACUUACUAUCGCAUCUUGCAAUGUGACACAGAAUUUGCUUCUGCAAGCUUUCAGUAUCAGGGGUAGGGGCAAUCCGCGAUCCACCACACUGGACUAUAAUAAUUAAUGCAGAGCUUCAUCAAAAAGGGAUACGUUUGAAUGUAUUGUUUUUAUUAGAGGGGGGAAGGAAGGAGUGUAACGGGAAACGAUUUUUAAACAUGGCAUUGGAUUUCUUGGUGCUUUUUUAUUUGCUGUGUUCCGUUACUGCACUUGAAGAGACCCUAAUGGACACAAGAAUUGCUACUGCAGAACUAGGAUGGACAGCAUACCCUUCCUCUGGGUGGGAAGAGGUGAGUGGUUAUGAUGAGAACCUCAACACAAUUCGCACUUAUCAGGUCUGCAAUGUGUUUGAGCCAAAUCAGAACAACUGGCUUCUCACCACCUUCAUCAACAGGCGAGGGGCCAAACGCAUUUAUGUUGAAAUGCGCUUCACAGUUCGUGACUGCAGCAGCCUUCCCAAUGUCCCUGGUUCAUGCAAAGAGACGUUCAACCUUUAUUACUAUGAGACAGAUUCUGUUAUAGCCACUACCAAAGGGACAGCGUUUUGGACUGAGGCCCCCUAUCUGAAAGUAGACACAAUAGCAGCAGAUGAGAGUUUUUCACAGGUAGAUUUUGGUGGAAGGCUCAUGAAGGUUAACACAGAGAUUCGAAGCUUCGGUCCACUCAGUAAGAAUGGUUUUUACUUGGCCUUCCAAGACUAUGGUGCCUGCAUGUCUCUGUUGUCAGUAAGGGUCUUUUAUAAAAAGUGCCCAAGUGUUAUUCAGAAUUAUGCCAUGUUUCCUGAAACUAUGACUGGUGCAGAGAGCACAUCCUUGGUGACUGCAGUUGGUAUGUGUAUACCAAACGCUGAGGAGCUGGAUACACCAAUUAAGCUGUAUUGCAAUGGUGAUGGAGAGUGGAUGGUUCCCAUUGGCAAGUGUACCUGCAAGACAGGUUUUGAACCAGAGGAUGGAGGUGCAUGCAAAGCUUGCCCUUCUGGGACCUUUAAAGCUAACCAGGGGUCUGGAUUGUGCCAACUCUGUCCCCACAACAGCAAGUCAAACAACGAAGCUGCACCCAUCUGUAUCUGCAAGAAUGGUUACUACCGGUCAGAUGCUGAUCCACCAGAUAUGGCUUGCACCAGUGUUCCUUCUGGGCCCAGAAAUGUAAUAUCUAUUGUGAACAAGACUGUAGUUAUCCUAGAAUGGCAUCCACCACGGGAAUCAGGUGGACGAGAUGAUGUAAUGUACAACAUUGUCUGCAAAAAGUGCCGCGCUGACCGCAAACUGUGCUCACGCUGUGAUGAAAAUGUGGAGUUUGUUCCCCGACAGCAUGGACUUACUGAAUCUAGAGUAUUUAUAAGCAACCUCUGGGCUCAUACGCCAUACACCUUUGAGAUUCAGGCUGUGAAUGGAGUGUCAAACAAGAGCCCCUAUACACCCCAACAUGUCUCUGUCAACAUCACCACAAAUCAGGCUGCACCAUCUGUUGUCCCAAUCGUACAUCAGGUGAGCUCAACCAUGAAGAGCAUCACAUUGUCAUGGCCGCAACCAGAACAGCCCAAUGGGAUUAUCCUCGACUAUGAGAUUCGCUACUAUGAGAAGGGUGGCUCAUCUGUAAAGUGUGAUUUUUACUCUGGUGCUGUCCAAACUCCGUCGAACACGGUAUGUGGAUGCUCUUUUCCCUUCCAGGAUCACAAUGAAUAUAAUUCCUCAGUGGUGAAGAGUCAGACAAACACUGCCCGUAUUGAUGGACUGCGGCACGGUACGGUCUACGUCAUGCAGGUGCGUGCCAGGACAGUGGCUGGCUAUGGCAAAUACAGCAGCAAAAUGUGCUUUCAAACCCUGACAGACGAUGACUACCGAUCUGAGCUGAGAGAGCAGCUGCCCCUCAUUGCGGGCUCUGCAGCGGCUGGAGUUGUCUUCAUUGUUUCCCUGGUUGCCAUCUCUAUUGUCUGCAGCAGGAAACGGGCUUACAGCAAGGAGGCAGUCUACAGUGACAAGCUGCAGCAUUACAGCACGGGCAGAGGGUCUCCUGGAAUGAAAAUCUACAUUGAUCCCUUCACCUAUGAGGACCCAAAUGAGGCUGUCCGUGAAUUUGCCAAGGAGAUUGAUGUCUCUUGUGUGAAGAUAGAAGAAGUGAUUGGAGCAGGAGAGUUUGGAGAAGUAUACAAGGGACGUCUUAAGUUGCCAGGAAAGAGGGAUCUUUAUGCCGCUAUCAAGACACUGAAAGCAGGAUACUCAGAGAAACAACGCCGGGACUUCUUGAGUGAGGCCAGUAUCAUGGGCCAGUUUGACCACCCCAAUAUCAUUAGGCUGGAAGGAGUGGUGACAAAGAGCCGGCCUGUCAUGAUCAUUACGGAAUUCAUGGAGAAUGGUGCACUCGACUCCUUCCUGAGGCAAAAUGACGGACAGUUCACUGUGAUCCAGCUGGUCGGGAUGAUGCGUGGGAUUGCAGCAGGAAUGAAGUACCUGUCGGAGAUGAACUAUGUGCAUCGUGAUCUCGCAGCUAGGAACAUUCUGGUUAAUAGUAACCUUGUCUGCAAGGUGUCUGACUUUGGGCUCUCACGGUAUUUGCAAGAUGACACCUCUGACCCCACCUACACAAGCUCCUUGGGUGGGAAGAUUCCAGUGAGAUGGACAGCACCUGAAGCCAUUGCAUAUCGAAAGUUCACCUCAGCCAGUGAUGUAUGGAGUUACGGUAUUGUCAUGUGGGAAGUUAUGUCAUUUGGUGAAAGACCCUACUGGGAUAUGUCUAACCAAGACGUCAUUAAUGCCAUUGAACAAGAUUAUCGGCUUCCUCCCCCUAUGGACUGCCCAGCUGCAUUACAUCAGCUCAUGCUGGAUUGUUGGCAGAAGGACCGCAAUGCCCGACCACGGUUUGCUGAGAUUGUCAACACACUGGACAAGAUGAUCCGUAAUCCUGCCAGCCUCAAAACUGUGGCAACCAUCACAGCUGUGCCUUCCCAGCCUCUCUUGGAUCGUUCCGUUCCUGACUUUACCACUGUUACCUCAGUAGAAGACUGGCUGACUGCCAUAAAGAUGGGACAGUACAGGGACAGUUUCUUAAGUGCUGGUUUCACCUCACUUCAGCUGGUAACACAGAUCACCUCAGAGGACCUCUUGAGAAUAGGUGUCACACUGGCUGGACAUCAGAAGAAGAUCAUGAACAGCAUUCAGUCCAUGAGGGUACAGAUGAGUCAGUCACCAACUCCCAUCGCAUGACAAUUUGCCUUCAGUGGUGUUGGGGGCAGGGGGACUGUGGUGUACAUCUGAGAAUGCUCAGAAGAAUGAACAGGCCACAGUCCCAGCUGACUCUGUGAUUAGCGACUCUCCUUUUUCUGGAGGGAAUUUCACCAUUCCUGCUCAUUAGCCAAACAUACUCAGUGCCAUGUGACUCAAUCAUUAAGUGAACAAAGAUCUUAAUCAAUGGAGUUUGGGAGACCAAAGUGUCAUUCAGUCCCUGAGAAGUGAAAGCAAGAGAAAAGGUGGAUAUCGCUGACCUUUUCAAUAGGAGCUGCACAUAUAAAGCUUGAAAGUAGCCAGUAAUUUGCUGGAUCUUUUUUUUCUGUUACUGCUUGAAUAUUUCUUGAAGUUGAUUGGCUACAUAACGUGAUAUAAUAACGCAGCAUCACUGCCAAAGGACCACUGUUUUUGCUCAGAGUGGAUCCCAAAUUCACUAUAUCUUCAUAUUGAAGACAUUGUACAGAUUAAUUUGUUUGCUUGCAUUUUCUGCAAAGUAAUGUAAUUUUUUAUUAAAUACAAAAAAGACAUAUAUAAAUUAUAGCUCUAUGUAUCUAUGUACUGCAAAAUGGUUGACUUCAGACAUUGACUAAACAUUGGUGGUUCAUGCUUUUCAAUGGAAGAAGGUCGAUGACUGUGCUUUUGGCUAAUUUGCAGUUUUUGGAGCAUCACAGCCUAGGGAGACAACUGCUUGUGCAAGAAAGCAUAGGAGUGGAGCUCACUUUCCAAAGCAUUAUUUGCCACUGUGUGCUGUUGCUGUGCUGUGAAAGGAACUCCAUUCAUUUCUGCUGGAAUAAAAUGAUAUGGAAGAAGGAAUAUCCUACACCACUGUGCAGAAUAUGCUGAAAUCCCUGAAAGCAUUCAGUAGCACAUUGUUUUCACUGGAUCUGGCCUGAAUGCAGGAUGCUGUUUUCUCUUGAUGACAUGCUAGUUUGAGGCUUUUCUAUAGGGAUAAGGAGGGCCACUAAAGUCAACUGUUAAAAACAACGACCUUCAUACAAGAAAAAUAAUCAUCAAGGAAAAUGACUCACAGUACCCCAGCAUUUGUGGAAAAAGGAUGAGAACCCAUCCUCCAGAGGCAUCAUGACUUUCCUCUGCUAUAUUGUGCACUUGCGCCAAGCACUUCUCCUGCAUAACAAAGGGCAUAUAUGAAAUGAUAAACCUGACAGCAUGUUCCAGGGGUUCACUGUACAUACGAGAAUGGGAACUGUAAAAUACCUUUCUUUGCCUUCUUGUACAUUUUGGAUUUGUUAUUUGUGUUGAGUAUGUUGAAGUUUGUAAUGGUACCUUUCAAAACAAGAAAACUUGUACUAAAUGCACUCAAUAAAGUUGAAUCAACAUGCAGAUUAAAGGAA